AGCAAUUGUGACCUCCAUCACAUUCCGUCAGCGCAACGCCAUCACUUGGGCACCAUGCCACUGUCGGUACCUGUGACGGCUGUGGCACUGCAACGCAGUGUCGGCAAGCUGGGCCGUGCAGCAGUCGCAUGCAUGCAGGGUCUUCGGAAAAGCUUCGAAGACUGUCACCUGCUUGAUCAAGAGAGUGCUAUUUGUGGAGUCUUUGACGGACAUCUCGGUGAUGAGGCUGCAGCCUUUUGUGCUGAACGCUUACAUCUCUUUCUGGCGAAAGCUGAAGGCCAAAAACAUGACACGGACUCUGUGCGGAAGGCCUUUGGAGCUUGCGAUGCAGAGCUCCGGGAUGCUUUACCCAAAGGCUGUGAAGCUGGAAGCACUGCCACAAUUGUGAAGCUGCUUCACAAUCACACGCCCAAUGGAGUAAAUGGAGAUGGUACAGAUGGUACCUUGGAGCUCUUGGUGGCCAGCUGUGGUGAUUCGCGUGCCAUGUUGUGGAGGAAAGCUGACGGUCAUUUGGAGGUGACUCAAGACCAUCGACCGACAGAUCCCUCGGAGCGAAAACGGAUUGAGGCCGCCGGGGGCACGGUCGAGUUGGAACGUGUAGAUGGGCAGUUGGCAUGUAGUCGCGCACUGGGUGCCUUUGCUUUCAAGGACGGGCAGCGGCCCAAAGUGAGCUUUGAGCCGGAGGUGUAUCACUGGAAAGCGUCUAGAGGUGAUUGGCUUAUCCUUGCAUGUGACGGUAUUUGGGAUACCAUCAGCAAUGAGCAAGCUGUGGAACGCAUUUGCAAGUCCGAUGUGGAGGACUUGGGUGUGGUUUUGGAAUCUUUGCUUCAUUUUUGCAUUGACAGAGAGGCAGAUGACAACCUCACCCUUUUGGCUGUCGAACUUGGGUCUAUUCCCCACAAAGAGCAGACGACAAGCAUGAGUGCUGGCAACUUUCUGAAGACCAAAGACGAAGAAGUGUUGCAACAGUAUGCGGCGUUUUGCAAACGAUUUGGCUAUUGCAUUCACAAGGAAGUGCAAGAGAAGGGUCCGCCGGUUGUGAGUUUGUCCAAGACAGAACCCACACCGGUCCUGCCGCGAUUCCCAUUGAAUGAGGCAAAGACAUCCCGUUCAACUGCUCCCACGCCUUUGGUCAUUGUGGGGCCAUCUGGUGUGGGCAAGGGCACUCUCAUCGCCAAGAUCCGUGAGGGCUUUGCAGGACGCUUUGGAUUCUCCGUCUCUCACACCACGAGGAAGCCAAGGCCCGGCGAGGUUCACGGUGAAGCCUACAAUUUUGUCGACAUGGAGACCAUGCAGAAGGAACUGAAGAUCCCAGGCCGCUUCCUAGAACACGCCACAGUGCACGGGAACCUCUACGGCACCUCACAGGAGGCAGUGGAGAAGGUCCGGCAGCGAGGGCAGAUCUGCAUUUUGGACGUGGACGUGCAAGGAGCAAGGCAAAUCAAGAAGAUCCACAGUGACUUCAACUAUUUGUUCAUUGCGCCGCCCUCCGUGGAAUCUCUGGAGAAGAGGUUGCGGGCGCGGGGCACCGAAACCGAGGAGAAGAUUCAGACACGGCUUCGAAAUGCGCGAAGUGAGAUAGAUUUCUACAAGGAAAACGUGGACUUCUUCAAUGAUGUGCUGGUGAACGAUGACUUAGGGUUGGCCAGUAGUCGUGCGCUUGAUCUCAUGCGCAGCUGGUACCCAGAGCUUGUGCAGCAGGUGAAAAUCACCGCGCGGCGCCCUGCGGCCUGGUUCGUGCACGCUGCCAGAGAGCUCAUUGCCGAACGACCGGACCAUGCAGCUCCAGCUGAGCUCGAGGUCUCGGGGCUUGGAUCAGCUCUGGAACGCGUGACGAUCGUGUCCUCAGCACUGGAGUCUGACGGUCACAAAGUGGUGGCUGUGAACACCAGCAUGGCGGAGGUCACUACGAAGAAUGGAAAGGCUCAGCGGUGUGGCACUCAGGUCGAAACCCAAACACAGACAGUUUGGACUGCUCAAACGCCAAGGGAAGAUCUGCUUCCGAUGAGGAUUUCUUUUGCCAGCCCCAUUUUCCCAACGAAACAAUCAAAGGACCACGAGACGGAGACGUGUUCUUUCGGGAUUUGCACUCUACUUGUGCACAUCGCUGAGAAUCCAACACAAUUUUGUAUCAAAACAUAUUUUGGUGUUUCAAGGCCAAAGAUGACAAUUCGCCUAAAACGGAUUGAUACGAAUCACCCAUGAAAUCCGUAUGAAC